AUGGCUCUGCAUGGUGCAAGACUGGUGGUGCCCAUAGAUUUGAAGAAGAAGCCACGGGAACAGAAACUUCCCCUUCACAACCGGUGGCAUCCAGACAUACCCCUAGUUGCAGAGGUCAAAGUUGGAGAGGUUUUCAGGGUUGAGAUGGUGGAUUGGAGUGGUGGUGGCGUUACCAAGGAGUACACUGCAGAAGAUAUCAAAUAUGCUGACCUCUCUGUUGGUCCCACGGCUCACGAAUUACUUUGGUUAUGGGUACCAACCCACUUCAGUCGACGACCAUCUUGCUCCGACACCAAUAGAUUAGCCUACAUAAGUUUCUCGUCCAAACUACCACUCUAUCCCUCCAUGGCUCCUUUAACUCCAAGACUAGGAGUGCCCAUAGACCUAAGAAGGAAGCCAUGGGAGCAGAAGCAACAUCUUCACAAUCGUUGGCACCCAGAAAUACCGCCGGUCGCCGAGGUUAAAACCGCUGAGGUAUUCAAGAUAGAGAUGCUAGACUGGACAGGAGGUGCGAUUAAAGAUGAUAGGGAGAAUUAUACCUACAUCGCUAAUAUUUGUCGUUUAAUUAUUUAA